GCUCGGGCGGUUUUUAAAAAGCCAAGGCAGCUCCCAAGUUGAUCAGUCUGCUCUGCAACCUCAGCUGGAGAAAGUACUGCUAAUUGAAGGGGAGUGUUUUGGGAGUUUGGCUUUUUGUUUUGAAUGCAAAGGUUGUUUUUUUUCCUGACAAUCAUUUUGAGAGGGGUGAGAGAGCAUCAACUUAUACAAGCCUAGAAUUAAUGUGCUUUUUUAAAUUUUUGUAUUUUUUGAAUUAGGUGGCAACAAUACUUGGAUAAAGACUCUUGGCUUUAGCUUUUAAGACUGGGAUUAUCUGAUUGAGGCAUUCUGCUUCAUUAGAGCGGUCCACUUUUCCCCCCUUCCUCCUCCUCCUUCCCUCCACCUCCUCCUCCUCCUCCUCUCCGCAAUUUUUACGCGAUAACUUAGACGAGACGACAACAAUGUUUGGGACUUUGUGCCUCUUGGUGACGCUUCUGUGGGGACUGCGCGGCUGCUGCUGCUGGGGCUCGUACGUGCCGUGCGAGCCGUGCGACGACAAGGCGAUGUCCAUGUGCCCGCCGAUCCCGAGCGGCUGCCAGCUGGUCAAGGAGCCGGGCUGCGGCUGCUGCCUCACAUGCGCCCUGAGCGAGGGCCAGGCGUGCGGCGUGUACACGGGGACUUGCGCGCAGGGCCUCCGCUGCCUGCCCCGUAGCGGCGAGGAGAAGCCCCUGCACGCCCUCCUCCACGGCCGCGGAGCGUGCAGCAACGAGAAGGGAUACAAACCCUCGCACCCGCCCAUAGACCGUGAGUCUCGGGAACAUGAGGAGACCAUGGCUACAGAGAUUACAGAGGAGCUGCAGCCGGCUAAAGUUCCACUCUUGACCAAAGACAUUGUCAACAGUAAAAAAGUCCACGCCAUGCGCAAGGAGCUGAAGAGGAAGCUGGGAAAGCAGCGCUCCAUGGGCUCCCCGAUGGACUACUCCCCACUGCCCAUGGACAAACAUGAACCUGAAUUUGGACCCUGCCGGAGGAAACUGGAUGGCAUCAUUCAGGGAAUGAAAGACACUUCUCGAGUAAUGGCUCUAUCUUUGUACCUUCCCAACUGUGACAGAAAAGGGUUCUUCAAGCGCAAACAGUGCAAGCCAUCCCGUGGCCGCAAACGGGGUAUCUGUUGGUGCGUGGACAAGUACGGCAUUCAACUCCCUGGGACAGAUUACAGCGGUGGAGACAUUCAGUGUAAAGACCUGGAGAGCACCAAUAACAACAAUGAGUAAAAGAAAAAGGAAUAUAUAUAUAUAUAUAUAUAUAUAUAUAUAUAUAUAUAUAUAUAUAUAUAUAUAUAUAUAUAUAUAUAUAUAAAUGGACCGCAAUCAAAUGCCACCCACACCCCAAAUCCUAACUUCUCCAAGACCCACAGCCAACAUUUCCUCUUUGAAUGACGCGUAUAUGCUCCCCUCUCACCGCAAGAGCUAUUCACCCUCCUGUUACGUUCGUUUCUCAGGAACAGCAGCAAUGUUCCUUUGACCCGGGGAGGUGAGAAACGGAAAAAAUUUAAGAACUCCAUUUGUAAUCAUUCAAUUAUGUGAAAUGAAUUGAUUACACAUAUUAAGCCAAGCAAAUGACAUUUCAUACCAAAAAAAAAAUAAUCGUCUUAAGAUGGGUCAAUUUGACUCGCAACAUAACAGGAGGGUUGAGAUUUAUUUUCAAAGACACAAUGUUCAAAACAAAAAGAACACCUGUAUAUUUUUUUUCUUGUAUGUUGUUGACCAAGCACUCAUCUCCAAAUUGGGGGGGAGGGUAAAGUCCUCAAAUAUCCCUUGACUGCAGCUCACGGGACACCUUGUACAAGUCAGGUUUUCUGGCUGUCGAUUAAUGAAAAAUAUAUGCACAUACUGGAUAUAUUUUUAUAACUGGGAGUGGGUGGGUCACUGGGUUUCAGGGGGUCGGGACAGUGCAGCAGUUGUAAUUCACAAAUUGCAUGCAAAAAUACAAAGUCCCACACAUGACAUUGGGGGUCCCAAGCAGUUAAUUGGAAUUAUAUUAUACCCAUAAAUUUGUAUUUCGUGCAUGUUAUAACUAUUUCGUGGGCACAAUUUAUUAUUUUGUGUGCACAAAUUAGCAUUCUGUGCACACAUUAUAUCAAUAUUGUAGCCACAAUUAAAACGAAAAUAUCCCAUGUCAUGUCCGGGGCUCCAUACAAAAUUAUUGUGUGGACAAAUAAAAAGAGGGAAAAUCAGUUGACAGAAUUAAUACGUUAGAACUGUCCACUGGCGAGAUUGAAACAUGAGAGACGGACGCGCUGCACCAGUUCUAUGGAUAUGUGGUUCUGUCAGAGCACUUAAACAAAUAGGAGCAAUCUUCUUAGAUGUCUAUCUUCAGAAAAUAAAGUGUGCUUGAACGUAUGGAUGUUUACAGUGUGAGUGCGUGGUAUGUAUUAGCCUGCUUUGCUGUAUAAUGGAGUGAGCCUAUUCUAUUACAAAAAAAGAAUGUCAUUUUAUUUCUCUCUCGUUUGAUUUUUCCUUUGUCGCAAGUGCUGCUUGCAGACUGCUCUCCAAUGUAAAUUCAUGUUAGACGUGGAGCGUUUGGCAACAAAAAGAGGACGCCGAUCGUUACAGGUGGACUUGUGUAAGUGGUUCUUUGACUAUGUAGCUGGCCUGAUAUGCCAACUGUGCCUAUUUUGAACAGACACUGCCAAGCGGGGGCGCUGACUUACCUGAUGAAAUAAAAGGCAAAAAAAAAAAAAAAAAAAGUGCUUUUCACCUGACAGGACUCCCUUUUGACUUUUUGAGUCGAGUGCACUAUCAAAUGUACAAAGUCAGGGCCGGUGGUUCAUUGGGAUUCUAUUGCUUGAGGUGUUGUUUUCUUUGUGCUGUUUUAUUUGACUUCAGUGAAGAACAGAUAGCCCACUUUUUUUGAGCCAUGUUCCUUUUUAUCAAGUGGUUUCCCCUCCAGUGUAACCAUGCUUUGAAAUAUAGUCAUUGAAUGUGUUGUUUGGGAUGCUUGGAAAAAAACAUAGCCUAUUAGAAAUUUGAACAUGUUAUUGUGCAUGACUUAGGGUGGUCCCUAGAAACCUUCCAAGGAGACAGCAGCACGUAAAGGCUAUCAACACCCUCAAAACAAACAGGGCCAUUUCAAUAGUGUUGCUUUUCUGUCUGUGAAUACGUCCCCCCAGUGCCUUCCUAUAUACAAAUACAUUUAAAUAGUGACGCAACAGUGACCGAACAUCACGCAGGUGACAUUAGUUUUUUCAGACAGCCCCUCGCAAGGACUGACACUUGACAUGGGGUCAAGGGGUUGGUGCUUGUUAAACGAGAGGAACAAUUCAUAGUGCUUAGUUUGUCUUUGUCUGAUUUGAUUGAAACUGCUACCUACAGGUGGUUCAUCCUCCAUUUUGUCAUUGUUUCAGAAGUGAUAAGCUAAGAUUCAUGAAAGCUUGUUUGUUGUUGUUGUUGUUGUUGUGAAUGCCAAUGUAUAUUAUAGCCAGAAAGAGGGGCAUCCAGAGGAUGUUUGUUUAGAAGCAAAGCAAUACUUCCCUCUCUGCUUCAAACAAAAGAAACAAUGGUACAUUUAAAAAAGGGUACCAGUUGUGAAUAUACGAUAUGUCCAGGCACUGCCCCACUCCCAGCACCCGUUCCCCACUACCACUUAAAAAAAAAAAAAAAAGCAGCUUGCACUUAUUUCAAGUACCCACUAUUGUUAUUGAUCCAAUGUGGUGGUAUCAUGAAGUCAGUGGAAGAAUAACAAACACACACACACAAAUAUCUUAAUGUUGUGUAAUGUGCUCACCUUUUAAAGGAUUUUUGGGGUAAUAUUUGUUGACAGGGGCUCAGCAAGCCCAUGCCUGGGACGUCCACUAUAGCAGAAACAAAAGGAGCAAAAAAUAAUACACAGCAACAGGUGUUCUCUUGGCGUCUUUCACAUUGAUGAGAAUUAAGCAGAGUGGUUGUGGGGCUGUUUUUUGUUUUGUUUUUGUUUUAUUUUUUUUCCCCAGAGGCGGCGACAUAAGAAAAUUGAUCACCUUGUACAGUGGACAUAUUCAGGGCCUAGCCACUUCUCCCACGCGGGGUCUCCGACUACAUAUCAGUAGAUACAAGUUAGUAAAACAGCAUGACAGGAGGCAAUGAAAUCUGGAGAAUGAACUAUUGCAGCCAGUGUUGGAAUACAAUGUUUGUUUUAAAGAUUAUAGAUAUGCUAUACCUGUAUGUAUUAAUUUCACCUGAUUAAGGCGAUAUGAACAGGUUGAGCUACAUGUGAUUUGCUUUUUAUCCACAACUGGUCGCAAGUGGUGAGUUUCUCAGGUUUCCUUUGCAUCUGAUUGGUUUUUAACUCACACUUCAUACUUCUGUAGUACAGUAGUGACAGGUUUUUCUGAAUACGUAACACAUUUUGGUUGUAAUGACACAGAACAAUUGGUUAUCAUUAUUUGGGUGUUCUGAAAUGGACCGAAUUGUGGCUCAAGGACAGGGGGAAUUGAACUGGUCGUUAUUUGGAAUGACAAGAAAAGACAAAUAAGAAUAAAAAUCCAAUUAUUCAAGUGAAUAUCACUGUGUAAUAUUUAUUCAACUUGUAAUUUAUAUGUACUCUUGUAACCUUUGUCUUUUUUGUUAUGGCAAAGCAUUUAUUUAAAUAAAGUUAUGUAUUCAUUUA